CUUCAACCUCUAUUCUUUUCGUUUUCAUGGCUUAUGCGCUCUCGUCUUCCUUGAUCCGACGACUUAUCACUGUUGCAGUGUAACUUCUCUAAAAUGCGCCAUGUGUGACUGCCAAAUCGAAGAUUAAGCAGUUCGAAUGAUUGCCCAAACGAUUUGUUCAUACGAUCAUGGCGGGAUGGAUCUCCUCCAAACUCAAAGUUGCGGAAACCUUCCUUCAACAGAUUGAUCAGCAAGCGGCGGAUUCUCUUGGGAAGAACGAGAAACCUCUAUCCGAUGAAUUGAAUUAUGAUACCCCGGCGAAAGCCGCUGGUGUUGUUCCUCUGAAGGAUCAGCUGAAGAAGAAGACACCCGACAACAAUGAUUUCUAUGGACAUUCACGCCCAGAUUUCAAUUCGGAUAGAAACCAGGACAGGGAAUUCGGUAAAACUCUCAAGCCGUCUCCGAUUCCUAAGCAAACUCUUACAGACAGUGACUGGACAGAACUGCUUAGUGCUCCCAAGCACCCUUCACCCUCUGCCGGUAAUCGGACUAAUGGGAUAUCUGCAAUUCCUGGACCACGGAAGGACGGAAGAAAGCAGGGGAGUUCUGGUUCAACUUCUUUCUCAUCUGAAGUGAAGAGAAAUCACAACAGUCUUGGCGGUGUUUCCAAAUCUACGAGGAGGUCAGACAUCGUGCCAGGGUAUAGAUCAAAGGGUGACGUGUCUUCCCCAGAUGGUAGGCGGAGUGAUGGGGAAGAGUCUGGUUUGUCUGAUUCUAUGCAAACAAAAUCCAGUUCUGAAUCACAAAAUGGUGAACCUUACGGCGAAGGGAGAGAAACAGGAGCUAAUCUUUUGUCAGAACCGAAAGGUAAUGCAAGUGAGGACUCCAAGGAUGUCCUGGAAACUGCCGGGGAUGGAAAGCAAUCUCAUUCUGAAAAUCACAAUGAAAAAGUUAGUGUAGGGAAUAAUGCUUUUCAACAAGCAGUAGGGAAACAUACAGCAGAAAUUGUAUCAGGCUCAGGUACACUUGAUGGCAUAGUUGAUACAAAGAGGCAACCUGAUGGUGGUCAGGAUGCACCCAGGAGUGCUUUAAGGAGGAUUGAUGAGUCAAAUGCAGCUCUAGGAAGUUCUGUUACUCAUGAAUUUCAGAGACUUCCCUCAUUAUCAAGUGAUGAAGAGUCUGAUUCAGACAUGGACUCAGCUUCAACUUCUGAUUCAGAAAAUGAGCGCAAGAGAAGAGCAGAAAAGGCAAGGCAGAGGGAACAAAUUAUGGCUGACAGAGCUGCUGCUAAAGCUAUUGAGGCCAUAAAAGAGCGUGAGAACAUUCUUGCCAGAUUGGAGGGAGAGAAGCAGAGCUUAGAGAAAAUACUUGAAGAAAGGGCAAGGCAACAAGCACAAGAGGCAUCUGAGCUGCAGAUGAGUAUGAUGGAUGCAAUGGAAGCUGUUGAUCUGGAGAAGCUAAAACAUAACAAUACCAGGAUGGAAGCCCUUGAACUAUUAGUUAAAUUUGAGACUGCGAAUGCCAACCUUGCAAGAUCCCUCGCGUCCAUACAAAGAAAUCUUGAUGUGGAGGUUGACCGUGUAGCAGCACUUCGACGAGAAAUUGAGUUGAAAGAAGCGGUGCAAGAAGAGCUCAGAAGGAGAAUGUCCAAGGUUCAUCAGAGCGGUUUAACAUCAAACCAAUUGGAAGCUUCAAAAGGAAUUGAAUUUGAACGGGAGAUACUUGAGGCAGAGUACUCUUUUAUGUGUGAUAAAAUUGGGCAGCUUCAGGACAAGGCAAAGAAACUAGAAGAAAACAUUGAACUGACGCGAAAAGAGAUAGAGAAUCCCACUGAAGUGGAAAUUGAACUCAAGAGAAGGCUUGGGCAGUUGACUGAUCAUUUAAUUCAGAAACAAGCUCAGGUUGAGGCCCUCUCCUCAGAGAAGGCGACACUGUUGUUUAGGAUAGAGACAGUUUCAAGAAUGCUGGAUGAAAACAAUUCAGCAAUGCCAUUGACCGAUUUGGGAGACCCCUCAGUAAGCGAUGAUCUGGAAGCAGGGAUGUGGGAUGGUUCCAAUUCAAGGUUAAAGCCUUUCCUUGAGGCCAGAAUCCGAUCUGGAGGACAACACUUUGGAUCACUGCUUCAACAGUUGGAUGCUAUCUUUUCUGCAGGAGCUGCAUUUAUCCGGAGGAAUCCAACAGCAAAAUUGUGGUCUCUAGUUUACCUUGUAUGCCUUCAUUUCUGGGUUGUAUAUAUUCUCAUGUCAUAUUCUCAACCAUCUGAUGACACCAAAUCUGGGGCCGUCAUCUCCUUGGAGAGCAUCAAUAAUACUGGGGGCAACUAACUCAUGUCUUGUUAUUCAUUUGCAUUACUACGGCUUCUGGGGAGUAACAGUUGCUCGAUAAUUUGUGCUGAUUGUAACCUUGCCAGAGAUCACUAUUGAAAUUGUAAAGAUACGAAGAGGCACUUUAAUGGAGGUUGAAGGAUGGUCACUUGAUCGUUCUUGUUUUGUUGU